CGAGCGGGGUGGCGCGGGCCGGGGCAGCCGCCUCCCGAAGAUGCAGGAUGGCAGCAGAGCCGCCGUCCAGCCUCUCCUACCGCACCACGGGCUCCACCUGCCUGCACCCGCUCAGCGAGCUCCUGGGCAUCCCGCUGGACCAGGUGAAUUUCGUGGCGUGUCAGCUCGUUGCUCUGUUUGCUGCGUUCUGGUUCCGCGUCUACCUGAGUCCUGGUAAAACCAGUCCCGAUGUCCGGCACGCGUUUGCCACCAUGUUUGGCAUCUACUUUGUCAUCUUUUGUUUUGGCUGGUACUCCGUACACCUUUUUGUGCUGGUGUUGAUGUGCUACGGAAUCAUGGUCACCGCAAAUGUAUCCAGUAUUCACAGAUACUCCUUUUUCGUAGCCAUGGCAUACCUGACACUGUGCCACGUCAGCCGCAUCUAUAUCUUCCACUAUGGAAUCCUCACUACGGAUUUCUCCGGGCCUCUGAUGAUUGUCACGCAGAAGAUCACGACCUUGGCAUUCCAAGUUCAUGAUGGAUUAGGUCGAAGAGCUGAAGACCUCUCUGCUGAGCAACAUCGACUUGCUGUAAAAGUAAAACCCUCUUUCUUGGAAUAUUUAAGCUACCUUCUCAACUUCAUGAGUGUCAUAGCUGGCCCUUGCAACAAUUUCAAGGAUUAUAUAGCCUUUAUUGAAGGGAGACACAUACACACGAAGUUGCUGGAGGUGAACUGGAAGCAGAGAGGUUUCCACAGCCUGCCGGAGCCUUCUCCCACUAGAGCUGUGAUACACAAGUUGUGCCUGACCUUGGUGUCUCUCCUCCUGUUUUUGACGCUCACGAAGUCCUUCCCCAUCACCUGCCUGACCGAUGACUGGUUUGUUCAUAAAGCAAACUUUCUGACUCGACUGUGCUACUUAUAUAUUGUCAUGCAAGCUUCGAAGCCCAAGUAUUACUUUGCCUGGACAUUAGCCGAUGCAGUGAAUAACGCAGCUGGCUUUGGGUUCAGCGGAGUGGAUAAGGAUGGGAAUUUCUGUUGGGAUCUGCUUUCUAACCUAAACAUCUGGAAAAUCGAGACCGCCACAAGUUUCAAAAUGUACUUAGAAAACUGGAAUAUUCAGACAGCGACUUGGCUAAAACGAGUAUGCUAUGAACGGGUUCCUUGGUACCCCACGGUGCUAACCUUCAUCUUGUCUGCCCUGUGGCAUGGUGUCUAUCCUGGAUACUAUUUUACCUUCUUAACUGGAAUUCUCGUCACAGUAGCAGCUAGAACGGUGAGGAACAAUUUCCACCAUUACUUCCGUUCCUCAAAAGCCCUCCAGGGCGCAUAUGAUGUGGUCACCUGGGCGGUCACUCAGCUGGCAGUCUCUUACACCGUCGCACCCUUCGUCAUGUUGGCUGUGGAGCCAACCAUCAGCUUAUACAAGUCCAUGUAUUUUUAUUUACACAUCAUAAGUCUCCUGAUAAUACUCUUUCUGCCAAUCAAACCACACGCUCAUAUCCAGAGGCAGCCUCAGACUCCGAACUCCGUUAAUAAGAAAAAAAAAGACUGAUCCCUCCAAGGAAGCCGAGCAAGUAAAACUGCAAAAUGUCACAAAGAGGAGAUCAAAGACUCAAGGGUUCGCCAGGGACUUGGAAGUGAUGUUUACAUGCACUUUUUUUUUUAAGUGCAGGGAGUAUUUUAUAAAGCCUUUUAUAUGAUUAAGUCAGCCAUGUCCAGUUGAUUUAAUAUUUCCGAGGACAUUUGAUUGGUGUGGAGACUGUGCUGGCUUUGUAGACAGAGACUAGCCAUUCUGGGCUGCUGGGUCUUUGCUUUUCUGGCAUGAUUUCCCAUCCCUGGAACCCGGACAUCUGCUCCAGAAGGCAGAAGGUGGUUGCCAACAGAACUUGUCUUCCAGAACAUACCCAGCCAGACACAGUUGUUCCUCGGGAAGCUGCAGACCCUUUGAGCACAGUGACUACACAGAAGACCGUGGAGGAGAGGAUCCUGCAAGAGGAGCCAGGAGGACUUGUUGUGAACACUUCAAUGGACUGAAAGGCAUGCCCUGAAGUAGGCUGCAUUUUUUUUUUUUCAUCGCAGGGAUAGAAUGCUUCUCUUUUUCCUUUGAACUGAGCCAAGAUUGGAAAUCAGAAAGUCUCCUGUGCACGUACCCCAGGAGUCUAGGAAGGGCUACUAUUUUCCAUUUCACAUGUGCCCUCUGCCUUGCCCAGGGAUGGCCUUGAGAAACACCCAAAUGUUUGCACCACCAAAGGCAGCAAAAUGUCUUUUAAAUAAGUAAUUAAAAAAAAAAAGUAAUUUAAAAUUAUAUAGAAGCUUGGUAAGAAGCAACAGACAUUUUUCUCUUUGCUCCCCUCAUUUCAUAGAGGUGUGAAUGAUCAUGGCUGUGAUGACACGUGGGCUGGUUUUCACUUUUCUGAUUUUGCAGCUAAUGAAAUUGGACUGUUUUAGUUGAAUCUGAAGAUCAUUUUUAUCUUUGUUAUGAAUGUGCUGUGGUUUCUUUCAGGGACUCCUCUUGGGUAGUAAUUCUAUGUGGGAGAAAGAAACAUGGUAUUAAGUGUGCAAAACAAUAAUGGUGAUGCUGAUAAUUACAUGUUGCAAUGGUGUGCCCUCAAAUAGAUGCCUUGGGAGAAGAGAACCUGUUCAAAUCAGAUGGUCAAAAAUUGGUUGCAUACUGAA